CCUAACAAUGUGCCAUUCUAGCGCAUCCGCCCGCCGCAUCCUCUGUUUCGUUUCUCCUAACAAUAAUAAACUAUCCUUAAAUGAAUUCCUUUCCGGCGCUCUCCUCCUCUUCUCAGCUCUGCCACCUCUCCGCCUCCGACUUCAUUGACUCAACCCUUACCAUCAGAACCCCCAUUUACACCACUACCAUCUACUGAAUCGUUGGGCUAGAAAGUGCCUUUCUUGGACUUGUUUUACUUCUUCAUUGUUUAUUCCUCUUAGAGGACGGAGAAUAAGAAAACGUAAAAUGACAUCUUUGCUGAUAACGAAUCACGGUUUGUCAUCCGCCGAUGCUACUGGGACUCUUAGAUCAAGGGGCCGGCAUUUUGUUCCGGUUUUUGACUCCUGCCGCAGGAUUACAAGAUGGAGAUUUCCAAUGGCUGCUCUCAUCACUGAUUUUCAUCUUCCAAUGCGUAGUCUAGAAAUUAAAAACAGGACAUCAGUUGAUGAUAUUAAAUCCUUAAGAUUAAUCACUGCAAUCAAGACCCCAUAUUUACCUGAUGGGAGGUUUGAUCUUGAAGCUUAUGAUUCCUUGAUGCACAUGCAGAUUAUCAAUGGCGCUGAAGGUGUAAUUGUUGGAGGUACAACUGGUGAAGGUCACCUCAUGAGCUGGGAUGAACAUAUCAUGCUCAUUGGACACACUGUCAAUUGUUUUGGAGCGUCAGUUAAAGUAAUAGGGAAUACUGGAAGUAACUCAACAAGAGAAGCAAUCCAUGCAACUGAACAAGGCUUCGCUGUGGGAAUGCACGCUGCAUUGCAUAUCAAUCCUUACUAUGGGAAGACAUCUAUGAAUGGAAUGGUUGCACAUUUUGAUACUGUCCUUUCAAUGGGCCCAACAAUUAUAUACAAUGUGCCAUCAAGGACUGGACAGGAUAUUCCACCUUCGGUUUUGCAGACUAUCUCACAGAAUCUUAACAUGGCAGGUGUUAAGGAGUGCAUGGGAAAUGACCGUAUCAAAUAUUAUGUAGAUAAAGGCAUCAUUACAUGGAGUGGAAACGAUGAUGAAUGCCAUGAUGCUAGAUGGGCAUCUGGAGCAACAGGUGUUAUUUCUGUUGUUAGCAAUCUUGUUCCAGGUCUCAUGCACGACAUCAUGUUCCGAGGCAAGAAUCACUCACUAAACUCAAAGCUGACGCCUCUCAUAAAAUGGUCAUUCCAGGAGCCAAACCCUAUAGGCCUUAAUACUGCUCUGGCUCAGCUUGGUGUUAUUAGGCCAAUAUUCAGAUUGCCAUAUGUUCCUCUUCCUCGUGCCAAGAGACUUGAAUUUGUAAAAAUUGUCGAGGAACUUGGGCGUAAGAACUUCGUGGGACACAGAGAUGUGCAAGUUUUGGAGGAAGAUGACUUUAUUUUGGUAGGUAGGUACUAGUCUAUUUAUGUUGUAAACUUGUAGCCACAUCUCACAAGAAUGAUCACUGUAACUCUUUGUGGGGCUUAACUGGUUGAUAAUUUUCGAUCAA